UUGUUUGUUUUAAUAGAAACUAAAAUAAAAUUUGGAAGAAGAAGCAUCUGUGCGUGAGUAAGAUCGUAUGAUGAUGGCGUUCAGAAAUCUCCGAAACACUCGAAAUGUCUAUCAAUCAUUAGAAAUUCAUAAAGGCUCUUCUUAUUUGUUGGGGAAAUGGAGAAGCUACUCAUAUGUUGCAGUCCAAGCUCCCGAGAUCAUCAGCACAAGACACUCUUAUUUCUUCUAUAAGGGUCGGAAUUGUAUACCUUUCACUCAUGAUAAUAAGAUACUUCGUACUGCAACGAUUGCUGAAUUUUCAAUCUUCUUGAAUGGUUCACGAAGCUUAUCAACACAAGUAAAAGCCCCGGCCCAGGCACGGAAAAUGGGGGCUUUGAAGGUUUCUAUGACAAGUCCUGGAUUUGUGUAUGAGCCAUAUGGUCCUCGCGAGCCUAUCUCUUUUUUGAGAAGGUGGUUCACAAGAACUGGAUGGAGAAGAACAAAAGAUGAUAUAUUUCUAGAGCUAAAAAAUGCCUAUGCGAUUGCUAAAUUGCGAAAAACUGGUUAUUCAAAACAAAAGUUCUACACCGAGGCUAUAAACCUAUACAAAGAGAUAAACACUUUGAUGGCAAAUGGUGACAAAACAUCUCUGCGAAAAAUGGUUACGGAAAACAUGUACUCUGCACUCAAGAGUGAAAUUAAGCAAAGAGAGUCUAGAUGGAGUGAUGUUUACUGGGAACUGAUAGAGCCAAUUGUUAAAAUUCGAACUCUACGAGCUCGAAUGAUUGGAGUUGAUCGUGAUGACCUAAGUAAAGUAUUCAUUCAGCUCACUCUUGAGUUUCUUUCUAAACAGAAAUUUGAGGCCUAUGAUACAAAAGGGAAUGUCAUUGCUGGAAAUAAAGAUAAGGAGGUGCUCGUUCGUGAUAUAUGGGUUUUUGAAAAGUCUCAGUUUCACCCGGGUUCAUAUUGGCGUCUGUGUGGAAGAAUUCCUGCUAAACCGGGCAAUGCUUGAUCAAACUGAAUUCAUUUGCAGGCAGAAUCCAUGUCCUACUUAAUAGCGUUCAUGCGAAGAUCAUUCACACUCGGAUGACAAAAUGCGACACUUAGAGUGUCAAAAUUUGUGUUGAUUUUUUGAAUUGAUCUUAACAUCUAAAACGUAGGUAUACCAUCAUAAUUAUGAAAAGGAACAGCUUGAGUUUACCGUAGGCGUCAGCAUCAGCAUUCGCGUCCUGUGUCACUUAAUAAAUAUUGGAUUGGUUGAUGCUAUUGAGAAUAGGGUGGGUCCCUUUGUAUCUUUAAGAAGUUUCUAUGGUUUUGUUUUUCUAACAUAGAACUGAUUCAUACAACCAUUUCACUAGAGAGGUGAAGUAGUAGCCGCCAAGGCAUUUUUGAAAGCAAUACAAUUGUACUUUCCAUCCCUCAUAUGUUGUGUAUAGUGGUUCGGUUAAUAGUCUUUUUUAUGCAAUCUUGGUUGAAAAGGCUUA